AUGGCUGCUCUGGGAAGUGCUCUGCCUCGAUGGCAGAGUCUUGCUCCGCGUUUAUCUAAAAGUCUCUUCACUUGCCGACAAUGCCUCCGGAGCCAGGGCAGCGCCGCCAAAUCUUUCCGACAGUUUGGCACCAAGCCGUCCCUCCAGCCCACCACGUUCAGAUCGAGUCUCUUGAGCAACCAAAAUCGCCAAUUCUUCACAUCUAGCCUCAGGCGGUCAGCCUCGUCACCGGAUGUGGCAAGCGCUGUGGAGGAUGGUGCAUCUCAGGCGAAAUCGAGCUUCCCGAAAAUCAGCGACAAGGCAGUGGCAUACUUCCUUCUGGGGAGUGCAGCCAGCGUUUUUGGAAUUGUGGUUUUUGGUGGUUUGACAAGGUUAACAGAAUCAGGACUGAGUAUCACCGAAUGGCGACCCGUCACGGGCUCCAUGCCGCCCAUGAACGCAGAGGACUGGGAGUCCGAGUUUGCCAAGUACCGCUCCUCUCCUGAAUUUCAGCUGUUGAAUCCGCACAUGACCCUGUCCGAGUUCAAAUCGAUCUACUAUAUGGAAUGGAUCCACCGGCUCUGGGGCCGGUUUAUCGGACUGUCGUUUGUGUUGCCCGCGGUGUACUUCGUCGCGCGCAAGAAAGUCUCCACGCCCAUGACAUGGCGACUGGCUGGUAUCGCGGGUCUGAUUGGGUUCCAAGGAUUCCUCGGGUGGUGGAUGGUCAAGUCGGGCCUGAAGGACGAUCUCUUCGCGCCGGGCAGCCACCCGCGAGUCAGCCAGUACCGGUUGACCGCCCACUUGGGUGCUGCUUUUGUCUGCUAUGUGGCGAUGCUGUGGAAUGGGCUUGCCAUUCUGCGGUCACACAAGCUCUUGGCCGACGCGGCAUCGGGCUUGAAACAACUCGAAGCACUCCGUGACCCGCGGCUGGUGAUUUUCCGACGCUCGGUCGCCGGCCUUGCUCUCCUGGUUUUCACAACUGCGAUGUCGGGUGGCUUGGUCGCUGGUCUGGAUGCUGGACUUAUCUACAACGAGUUCCCGUACAUGGGGAAUGGGCUGGCACCCCCAAGCCCGGAGUUGUGGGAUGCGCGCUACUCUCGCCACGAAGACUGUUCUGAUCUCUGGUGGCGCAAUAUGCUGGAGAACCCUUCUCUUGUUCAACUGGACCACCGUAUUCUCGCCAUGACCACCUUCACCUCGAUCAUGGCUCUAUGGGCAUAUUCCCGCCGCUCGCCGACCGUAAGGCGCCUCUUACCGCCUCCUGCUAAGAAGGGCAUCCACGGCGUCGUUGGAUUUGCCUUCAUGCAGGUCGGUCUCGGCAUCUCCACCCUGCUCUACCUUGUACCGACCCCACUUGCCUCCGCCCAUCAAGCUGGCAGUCUGUUCCUCCUUACCUGGGUGCUUGUCUUGGGCAGUCGUGUCUGGCAUCCGUCCCGCACAGCCAAGCUGCUGCAGAUGGCUGCCAAGGCCCGUGGGCAGCAGCUUUCAUCUUCAACGGCCUCAGCUGUGAAGAGGCUGUAA